AUGGUGACCGCGGCGGCGUUCUUUUCUCGCCUCCGCCGCGCUCGGUCUUCCUCCUCCCUCUCUCUCCUAUAUUUUCCACGUGUCGUCUCCUCUCAACGCCCUUUUCCAGUUCCCGCUCCCGCCUUAUCUCCCUCUCCAACCCUUGCUUUUCUCGACGCGUUCCGCUCACGCGCUUUCUCCACUCGCUCUUCCGACGACCGCGAAUCGGAGUUGAACUCGUUAGGUGUCGACUCGCUGGUUAACUCGGAGUUUCUGAAAGUGAUCACGGAUACCGGUGGCGGCGGUGAAGACGACGCCAUUUUCCCCGUUCGCGCGCUCAUUUCGAUUCUCGAUUCGUUCCACGAGCUUUCUGGAUUUCCUUGGUGGUUAACUAUAGUUUCUUCUACUCUAGCUCUCAGAAUUGCUAUUCUUUUUCCUCUGGUUUUAACACUUCACAAGCUGAAAACGAUUGGAGAGUUUUUUCCUAAAUGUGAGUAUCAUAUGCAUUACUCGGAUUAUGCCUCCUCCAUUCCCACCACCUUUCUCAGGAAAGAGUUAUAUUCGUCAGUUUCUAUUCUUCCAGAAGAAGAGAAAAGCGAUUGGAUGCCCCUCUUAUUUGUGGCCGUUGGUACCAUUCAUUGUACAGCCAAAAGCAGCCUCCUACUAGGAAAGCUGUUUUGUGACAAGGAUGAACGAAAUUCACAUGUUCCGUGCUUUUUCCUGUGGAUGAUUAGCAUAAGGAAGAUGUCACUGAAUGGUUACCCUGGUUUUGAUUGUGGCGGUGCUUUAUGGUUCCAGAAUUUAACAGAACUCUCUCACGGUUAUUCAGGGUUCAUCUUUCCUUUUCUGAUUGCUGGUUUGCACUACAUCAAUGUUCAGAGAUCCUUUGGGAAACCUGUGGUUGCAGAGACAAGGGGUAUUUUUGACUUAUUAGCCAAAUAUUAUAAGCGAUACUUGGACUUUCUAACAUUGCCUAUUGCUUUCAUGGGCUUUUGCAUUCCUCAGGGGAGCCAACUCUAUUGGGUUACCAAUAGUUCUCUUACCCUCAUUCAGCACAUAACCCUUACACAUCCUUCUGUCCUUGCAAUGUUGGGGUUACAAGACAAGAAUAGUCAAAAGGUAGCUUCUGAGAAAAUUAGUGCUUCUAAAACAGCUCCUUCAAUAGGGUUACAAGAUAAUAUUCCAACAGCAGCUAUCAAGGGAACUGUUUCUCCAGAAAAAAGUCCUCUGAGUUCACCUGAAAAAUGGCAUAGAAUACCUAUAGAGGAGAUGUCCCCUAAAGAACUGACUACUCUUGCAGUCCCAUUUCUAUCCAGUGAGGAUAAAGAAAGUGCAAUUCCCUUACUAAAACUAGCCCUUGAGAAGGACCCUGAAUAUGUUCGAGCUUUAGUAUUGAUGGGACGGAUUCUAUUACUAAAGCAUGUGAAUGAUGAAGCUAAAGAGUACUUUGAGCGUGCAAUAUCAAAACUUUCUUUUGCUGGAUAUCCAACUGAUGCGGAAGAACUGGAUCUUUUGAUUCUUUCAUCCCAGUGGGCUGGAAUUGCCUGCGAACGACAGGGAAAGAGGGACGAAGGACGGGCACACUUUGAAAGAGUAGCAAAUAUGGAGGAGCCAGAAGAUCCUACAAGCAAAGGCUAUUAUUUUGAUGGGUUACUCUUGCUUGCCAGCACUCUAUUUGAUGCGGGACAAAAGGCCGAAGCCGCGAAGUACCUACGUCUUGUUGUUGCUCGUAAACCUGCUUAUAAAAAAUUCUUGGACCAGUGUGAACAAGAUGAUGAUAUUGCGAGUGAUGUUGCCCGUAGUAGGAGAGAAUACUAA